GGUGUCGGAUCGACAGCAGUGCGCAGGCGUGGAACAGCACUGCUGUCACCUGCGUUUGUUAGGGCUGCAGACACGACCUACAGUAGUGGCCCAAUUACCCAGCAGAAAACAGCACUCUACCUGUCUAGGGAUAGGACAGCGGCUGGUUUCACUGCAGAAGUGUGUUGAUGUGAUGCUUGAGGAUAAGGCUGUGGUGCACCGGGCCUCUGAUGGCUGUUAGCACCAUGGACUCCGAGUCAGCGCGGACACCUCAGACCCAAGCCCUGACAAAAGGAGGCCAUUCCUUGUUGUCUGCUGGCAUUCUGACCACCAGGUUCGGACCUCAAGGGAAGCACUAUGUUUGUGGUUCCCUUGCAGCUUUUACCAAUAUAGUGUUGACCUUUCCGAUCCAGAAAGUCCUCUUCCGCCAACAGCUGCAUGGCGUGUUGGCCAUCGAUGCGGUGCGACAGCUCCAGAGGGAUGGGCUGAGGAAUCUUUAUCGGGGCCUGCUUCCCCCACUUCUCCAAAAGAGCACUACAGUAGCCAUCAUGUUUGGCUUGUAUGAGGACUUCUCUAGAGUCUUACUAGACCAGGCUGGGAGCAGUGGCGUGCCAGAGCUGAUUACAAGAAGCUUUGCUGCAGCUUUGGCAGGAACUGCAGAGGCCAUCCUUACACCGUUUGAGCGUGUGCAGACUCUCCUACAAGACCACCGGCACCACGGGCGCUUCAACAACACAGCACACACCUUCCGGACACUUGUGACAGAGUAUGGUGUGACAGAGUGCUACCGUGGCCUCGUGCCCAUACUACUGCGCAACGGCCCUAGCAAUGUUCUCUUCUUUGGGCUCAGGGGCCCCAUUAAAGAGCAGCUCCCAGAAGCUACUAGCAAGGCAGGUAACUUGGUUAGUGAUUUUGUUUGCGGAGGGUUGCUGGGGGCAGGCCUCGGCAUCAUGUUUUACCCAUUAAAUGUAGUCAAAUCGCGGGCUCAGUCUCAGGUGGGUGGAGCCUUCAAUCCUUGCAGAGAGGUGCUGUUAACAGUGUGGAGAGAGAGGGGUGGCAGUAUAGCCAUGCUGUUCAGAGGAGCCCACCUCAACUACCACCGCUCUCUUCUCUCCUGGGGGAUCAUCAAUGCCACCUAUGAGCUGCUGCUGAAGCUCUUAUGAGAAGAGGAAUGGAGAGGACAAAUGAGAUCUAGAGUGGAAGAGAAAGUGUUUUAAGGGAGGAGGUGUUGAGUGGAGGAACAGAGCCAGUCUAAAGUGACAAAUGAGAGGUUGUAAAGUAAAGUCGGUGCACUUGCUGUCCAACAUUUCCAGAACUAAAUGAUAACAGCCAAGUUGUACUUCUGACUGGGGGCCAACAGUCACUGUAAGAUAACUGCCUGCUAUUGUUACUUUCUGCUGUUGUCAAAGUGUUAAAAGCAGGCAAAACUUGUGCCAGGGUCCAGUUAAUAUGCCCAUGUUUGGUCUGUGUUGUAAAGUUUGAGGGCGCAAAUAAAACUCCAUCAAUCUUUUUCAAAGAUUUAAAAGGAAACUUUAAAACUUGAGUGAUUUCCUGUUUUGUGGGAGAAUCCCUCUCUGUGGACAUGCUGUUUGCUGUGAUGUUUGUUUGACCAAGAGCGCCGCCUCCUGUGAAGAUAAGUUCUGCCACUUAAACAGCUUUGUGCUUUUUCCUCAUGUUUAGAGCAUUGUUCUCGUGCUCACCAGUUCAGAGUAAAGUAAGACAUAAGAAGGCUAAUGUUUAAGUGACUGUUGAAAUCAGUAUUUGCAGUGCACAAAGUCUAGGAAUUUUCAACAAAAGGAAAAAAUAAAUAAGAAGCUUUUUUCCUUUUUUUUUUUUUCUAUUUUUUACAUCAAAAAGGUCUCAGUUUUCACACGUGAGUCAGUUAAUUGACAUAUUUUGUUAAAUAAUGUUUUGUCUUGAUUUAUUUUCUGAAGUGCUAAUGCCAGUGUGUGUUGUUGUUGUUUUUUUGUUUUUUUUCCUUUUUUUGGUUUUGUGGUUUUGUUUUGUUUUUGUUUUUCUUUGUGUGUGUGUGUGUGUGUGUGUGUGUGUGUGUGUGUGUGUGUGUGUGUGUGUGUGUGUGUGUGUGUGUGUGUGUUUUGACAAGUGCCCUGUGGUGUAUUCUCUUGUCAGUUUUUUUUUUAUUGAAAUACAGGGCGGGGGAAACAAUCUGGAUGUGUAAGACAGCAAAUAGGAGAAGAAGACCUGUAGUUGAGUUCUGCAUCACUACUGCUCUUUUAUUGGCUAUGAAAUAAGUGUUCCUCACUGUUUGUUUCCUUUUUUAAAACUUACUGCCAUUUAUUUUAUUUAUGUAUCUCUUCCCCCUUUUGCUCUCACUUUAAUAUCUUCUCUUGUCACGCUUGCUCUCCCCUCUGUCUGUAACAUCUGUUGACAUAAUGGGCUCAGAUUUCAAGCUUGAGUAGCUGCAGUCACCAUACUGCAGCUCUUGCUGAGUUCGACAGCCCGAAGAGGAAAGGCAUGCUGCUUGGACACUUGAGAAAGAGGCUUCAGAAUAGUGGCACAGAGAGAAGACAGGGGCAGAGGGUAAUGUUCAGUGGCACAAAAAGCUCAAGCUGCCAUGUAAAUGGAUCACUUGGCCUAUUUCUUCAAGUCUUUUCAUUCUAAUAUCCUCUUCAAAAGUGUAUCAAACGCUGUUUAUCACUUUCCUGAAGCACAAGUUUCUGGAUCACUACGAAAAUGAAAUGUCACGUUAGUAAUUGUGCUAAAAUGUUUGAAGUCUCUCAGUUAAAACCUGAAUAAAUGCAGAAGUACUUCGGGAAAAAUGAGCUGACUGUCAUAUUUUCACCUAGAGAGAAGAAAGAUUUUUCUUUAUGUAACUGAGACACACAUAUGUUAUGAAACUGUUUUUGUGUAUGUUUUGUGACCUCUGUCUCAUUGCUCUGUACCUAUGAGUCAUACAAUGAUGAUGUGUAAACUGUC